UUGCUCUUCCCUUCCGCGUUGGCAAUUUCGCAGGUGCCGACUUUCCACGUCAGUUCUCAAAUCAGGCUUUGUAAGCAAAACAUUCAUGCUAUUUAUAUAAUUGUACCGUUAUCCGAACAAUCAAGGACCAUCGCCAGCUAUAGCGACGAUGUCAUUACUAGAAUGUGAAGAUAAUUAUGACUUCGUAUUCAAAAUAGUUUUAGUGGGAGAUGUCGGUGUUGGCAAAACUUGCGUGGUUCAACGUUUUAAGACUGGUAUAUUUAUCGAAAGACAAGGAAACACAAUUGGAGUGGACUUUACCAUGAAGACCAUGGAAAUUCAAGGAAAGAGAAUAAAGUUGCAGAUCUGGGACACUGCAGGACAGGAGCGCUUCCGCACCAUCACCCAGAGCUACUAUCGCAGCACCAAUGGCGCCAUCAUCACCUACGACGUCACCAGAAAGGCCUCUUUCCUGGCGGUGCCCAAAUGGAUGGAAGACGUGAAGAAAUACGGAGGUUCCAACAUUGUGCCACUUCUUAUUGGUAAUAAAUCGGACCUGACUGACUUGCGCGAGGUGCCCUAUGAGGACGCCCAGACCAUGGCCCACCAGCUGGAGUUCAUCAGUGCCAUUGAGACGUCCGCCAAAGACUCCAGCAACGUGGACGAGGCCUUCGCCAAGAUGGCCGCCGAGCUCAUCCUCAGACACGGGGGCCCCAUGUUCAAUGAGAACGUGACUGACAGUUUUAAACUGAACAGCAAGGAUGUCUCUGUUGACGGCUGGGGUUGUGGCUGUUAAUGUGUUCUAGAACGUUUUCUUCCCCCCCCGAUGGAGCCACCCAGGUGGGUGCCAUUCUGAAGGGUGUUUGUGGUGAAAAUCAAGCGGGUGAUUGAACAGAAUGAAGGGUUUCACUUGUAUUUGAGCGGUUCAAUCAGGCUCGUUUUUGGCGAUUCGAUUGGUAGCAGUUGGUAGAUGCGUUUGAUGUGAUGUAGCUGUCCUUUAGCAGAGGAUUAUGCAUGUGACUGUUGCUAUUGAGCAACACUUUUCUAUAAUUUUAGAACAACCGCACAGGGAAGGUAGUGUGGAGCAACCCCAACCCCAGUGUGCUCUGCCUACCAGCCUGUUUUUAGUGACAAGCCUAUUUUGUAUGGACCGUGACUAGUAUGUGGAGAGAGGUAUGAUUGUGCUAGAUGACUUCAGAGAUUAGCCUGUGUAAUCCUGGCUAGUAUGGGCUAUACCAGGAUAACAAAGAUAGUGCUUGAAGAGGUCAGGGUAAAUACAAUAGGCUUUGGGAAAUGAUUUGCACAGUUAUUUCUCUCAACUAUCCUGGUUUGAAGUUAUGCAGUUUGCCAAUGAGAGUUGUUCAAGUGGUGUUUUUGCACAUGAAAUUGGGAUUCCGAAGUGCCAUUUCAGGAUCGUAAUUUCUCUCUCUCUUUGAAAAGCACGGUGUCGCCGCUGUGUUACCUUAGUCUAAUGGAGGGAGUGUCCUGAGUGAAUAGUGGGUCUAAGAUGGAGUAAAGUGCUGUUGACAAACUAGCAUCACACUUCAAACACUCACCUGAAUUUAGUGAUCAGAGUGGAGGCCUGCCGUUGUAUUUCCUCAUUUUAUAAAACAAAUAUCAGGAAGUAUCAGGAACUAUUUGUCAUGAUUUAUAUAUGUAUGUUUGUGUGAAGUCAUAUCAUCUUUACUCUUAUUGUUAUCGUAUGAAUACUUAUUUGAGAUGUGAACAUUUGUGAAUGUAUCUAAGGGAUAGUUGUUUAUAAUAUGACCAAGAUGAGUGCCUUUAUCUUUUCACCAUAUCUUGUGAACCACAUGCGGCAAGUUAUCUUAGUACAAGGUUUUCAAAGAUGACCAUUUAAGAUUAUUUAAUUGUUCAACAAAACAACAAGAUUUUAAAGCUAAAUUCUAAAAAUAAUUUAUCUGAGGGGGGUGGGUCAAAUAAUGUGUUACUAUGCAAUUUUAUCACAGGUCUUCAUAUCAAACAGAUGCUUUUGUCAGUGAAUGUUGUUUCUUAAUCUUUCUAUCUUGAUACAUAAUGCUCAGAAUGAUCUGUUCAUAUUGAAUUAAAUGCCAUUUUGGGAGAA